CCCCCCCAUGCCCAAGAGGCACAGGUAGGUGUGUCAACCACAUGGAAAACAGUACAGCCCAGAGAAAAUGGCCUUCUUUGAUGACCCAAAGCUCCUGAUAGCGCACAUAAGACACUCCUUCAUCACCAGUGAUGACUCAGGCAUGUGUGAGCUGAUCAUGAUCAAUGAGGAUCUGGACAAUGAAAUUAAAAGUGAUCACAAGUUCUCCAAGAAGAGCUUGAGAUUGCAACACAGAUAUAAUCCGACUGAGAACUAUCCCCGACAUGCAGCCAUGUCGUUUGAUAUUCACGCCAGCCCCACUCUCUCUCGUAGACCACCCCUCAAGGACAACAGGGACAUGUUCGAAGUCAUUGCCGAGCAAAGAAGGAAAAAGAAGUCGAGUCAAGUGCGGUCCAUUGUAUGGCAAGACACUAGCGUAGUCGUGGACCACACCCUCUUUCCUCGGCAAGAGAUCCCACAAAGGUCAAAGGACACCCAGCCCUCACGAUUGGCACAGCUGCUGGCAGAAUACAACAAACUAUCGGCCAACCCUUACUUCGAAUUCGGACGCUUCAAUGGCGAGAAUCAUGGAUUUGCUGUAGCCAACGUCUAUCGCAUUUUCUUGCCUAUGUCUAAGACUCCCCUGCGCCCGAUCAUCAUCACAGUACUGCACAAGGCCACCAUUCGUGAUAUGAUAGGACUCACUUUUUGGAAAUACAUUGAAGAAACUAAAGAUCCCGUCAAACUGGGUCCAGUUGACAAUUACUCUGUAAUGAUAUCGGAGGAGGAUGGUGAUAUUGACACAGACCUACCUCCUCUUGAGAGGGAAGACAGAGUGGCCAAAUUCAGGUUCAAAUAUCUCGGAAUCAUCAAGACUAAGAAAGACGACGAUCCUCCCAAACAUCUCGUGGUCAAAGUACACUAUGAGCAUGGAGGCUUCUCCACUCUGGCAGUGGAUAGUCUGAGAGUGGAGAUGGCAGAGCUGCUUGAUAGAGUCAUCAAGAAGAGGAGGCUGCAAAUACACGGUUAUGAGCUGGAGAAGAAGGAUCGGCCCGGACUAGUGGUGGACCUGAGCAGCACACUGGAGAGUCAGGGAACUAUGGACUUCAUUCUCGUCAAACACAUCGGGCGUCGGCAAACAGCCCCUGCGUCUCCAAUGGAGGACGUCGAUGAUGACUCUAGUCAGACACACGUACGAGCUGAGCUCACCAGUCACCAAUACAAGGCUUACAGGGUGAUACAAAUGCAUAAGGUUCGGUCGAACACAGAGGUCCUUCUAGGUGUGUCCGGCCAGUUCAUUGAAGUGGACCCAGUGAGUCAGUCUCGCUCAGGACUGCCCUCCAUCCUCAGGUCUAAGAGUGCUCAGAAAUCAAACAAAUAUGACAUUCAGAAGAUCUGUGCUUGUGAGAUCACUGACGACCGCAAUGCCCAGCGUGUGGUGUUCAGGAUCAUCAGGGUGGGUAAGGAAGAUGGAGCCUACAAACACCUCGACUUUGAGGCACCUGUCGCCAUGGCAAAGGAGAUAGUGAGAAAGAUUGGGCUGAUUCUGGAGGUCGUCUUUGGUGGGGGAAAGUCAGACUAUGAAGAAUGGAAAGAGCAGAACAAAGGACGAAAAGCUUCUAAAAGUGUUUCAGUUGCUUCGUAAACUGCUUUUUUAUAUAAUUAUGUGUGUGUGUGUGUGUACUGAAUUGUGGUCAACUUUUAUGAAAAUAUUAUUUUUUUGCAUACAUCAA